AAGCCCCGGAAGUACUUGUCGCUAGAGAGGCGCGCUGGUUAGGGGGGGGUCAGAGGUCGCGGGGGUAGAAGGCGUUCCUGCCGCUGGCCUAGUCGUUAUGUAGUGGAGGGGUAGGCGCCCUCCUCCAUGUUCUGGAAGGUUCUUGGGCUCGACUAGGGCAGAAGCCCCAGGACUUCUAGUCCCCGGCUUCGGGUGCCUGCCGGCUGAGCGGAGCCGCCGCCGCCAUGUUUGGCUGCUUGGUGGCGGGGAGGCUGGUGCAAACAGCUGCACAGCAAGUGGCAGAGGAUAAAUUUGUUUUUGACUUGCCCGAUUAUGAAAAUAUCAACCAUGUUGUGGUUUUUAUGCUGGGAACAAUCCCAUUUCCUGAGGGAAUGGGAGGAUCUGUCUACUUUUCCUAUCCUGAUUCAAAUGGAAUGCCAGUAUGGCAGCUCCUAGGAUUUGUCACGAAUGGGAAACCAAGUGCCAUCUUCAAAAUUUCAGGUCUUAAAUCUGGUGAAGGAAGCCAACACCCUUUUGGAGCCAUGAAUAUUGUCCAAACUCCGUCUGUUGCUCAGAUUGGAAUUUCAGUGGAAUUACUGGACAGUCUGGCUCAGCAGACUCCUGUAGGUAAUGCUGCUGUAUCAUCAGUUGACUCAUUCACUCAGUUCACACAAAAGAUGUUGGACAACUUCUACAAUUUUGCUUCAUCAUUUGCUGUCUCUCAGGCCCAGAUGACACCAAGUCCAUCUGAAAUGUUCAUCCCAGCAAAUGUGGUUCUGAAAUGGUAUGAAAACUUUCAAAGACGACUAGCACAGAACCCUCUCUUUUGGAAAACAUAAUUUGAAUAAAAUAAUUUUUAAUGGAA